CCUCUCGCUUUUCUCUGAAUGAGACAUGCUCAUUGGCGUGUUGACUUUCUGCUAGCCUCUAAUGUAAACACAGUGUUAAGAGACGGUUUUCAGCAGUUUUUGGUUAUUUCCUCGAGUGGUAUUUCAAUACAAUUCAACGCAUACUGCAGAAAGAAAGGUGACGUUUUUUGCUGCGUGUUUUAUAAAGUGUAUUACCCAUAAGAGAAGAUAUCAAGGCUAGCCUAACUUUUGAAGGAUGCAGGUGCAGAGAGUCCUACUCAACUCACGACCUGGUAAAAAUGGGACGCCUGUUCCUGAAAACUUCCGACUGGAGGAUACGACUCUAUCACCUGACUUGACAGAUGGGGAAGUUCUUGUUCGGACGCUUUACCUCUCAGUCGACCCUUACAUGCGGUGCAGAAUGAACGAAGACACUGGGGCUGAAUACUUGACUCCAUGGCAGCUGUCUGGAUGUGUGGAUGGUGGAGGUGUCGGUGUGGUUGAGUCUAGCAGCUGUGCCAGUUGCACAAAAGGAGAUGUGGUCACAAACUUUAACUGGCCUUGGCAGACCUGUGCUGUCAUGAAAGGAAGCGUCUUGCAAAAGGUUGAUCCACAGCUGGUUGAUGGACACCUGUCUUACUUUUUGGGUGCAGUGGGCAUAACAGGUUUAACAGCACUGCUGGGUGUAAGAGAGAAGGGUAAUGUCACCAAAGGAGGCAGUCAGACCAUGGUGGUGAGUGGAGCAGCUGGGGCCUGUGGCUCCAUAGCUGGACAGAUUGGCAGGCUCGACGGUUGUGUGAGAGUGGUCGGUAUUUGUGGUUCUGUUGAGAAGUGCAGAGCUUUAGUGGAAGACUUGGGCUUUGAUGCAGCCAUCAACUACCGUCAAGAUGAUGUCCCCUCAAAGCUGAAGGAGAGCUGCCCUCAUGGGAUAGACGUCUACUUUGACAAUGUGGGAGGAAACAUCAGUGACACUGUAAUUGCACAGAUGAACAAUGGAGGCCAUGUGAUCCUGUGUGGGCAGAUUUCACAGUACAACAAGGAUGUACCUUAUCCUCCUCCCUUGAGUGAGGAGAUACAAAAAACCCUGCAAAGUAAGAAUAUCGCCCGGGAGCGAUUUAUGGUGCUUAACUACAUGAACAAAGCAGAAAGUGCCCUCUGUGAGCUCAGCCAGUGGAUUAAAUCAGGCCAAAUCAAGGUGCUAGAGACUGUGGUUGACGGGAUUGAAAAUAUGGGGGGUGCAUUUUGCUCUAUGAUGAAAGGGGGAAACAUUGGCAAGCAAAUCAUAAAGAUAUCAGAGUGAAGUUUUCUCUGGCGACUGCACGAUCCAGACAUGAGGGAAAUUACCAUACAGUUGCCUUCUAGCCAUGCAGUUAACACUAAUUUAAUGGACUCUGGUAAGGUAUUGCAUUGAUAAGCAGACACCAGCUGGUUCCAGUAAUAAGAAAUAUGCUGCUGGAAAUUGUGUUCCUUAGAAAUGUGAAAUGAAAAUGUGAAAUGAAAUCUUACAAGUUCUUGGUAGGAGAUAUCUUCAAUAUGAAUCCUUCAUGUAAGGUAAUUCGUGUAGAUGCUAAUAUAUAAAUUGGUAUGAUCCAGCACUGCCUGAUUAUAUUGUUUGAGUAUACAUUAGCAAUGUCUUUAUGCAGUCCCAAAACUGGUUACUUUGUUUGAUGAUGAGCUUAACCUAGGUGAAAAAAUGUUCUUGGUUGUGUAUUUUUCCACACACUAAUAUUACUGUUGAGCUUCACCUCAAUAAUCUUGAAUAAUUAAAUACAUGAGUAUUGCUGACUGAGUCCAUCCCUUGCUCUCUACCAUGUCAUGUUAUGUAAUGUUAUGUAACAAUGAUGUGAAGCAAAACACAAAGUAUAUGAUUUACUGUAAUGAACAUUUUAUUCCACAGCACUAUAAACCAUUAAUAAAAUAAAAUAGUGGUUGGCUCUAA